CCAAUUUGCGCUUGUGUCAGUUGUUUCGAUGAAAUAAUAAAAUAAUCUUUUUAUAUUGCCAUUGCAUGAUUUUCGUAUUUUCAUUCUGAAUUAAAAAAAACACAAAUUAGCAAUUGUAAAGAGGCUAUAAUUUAGUGACACUGCAACAUACCAGUUGCAAAUAAACGGCGGAAAAUCGUUUCAUCAUUGUGAAAUAAUUUCGAAAAAAGUAACUGAGAAGACAAUUCCUGUAAGUGGAAAAACAGUGUGUGAGUGUGAACAGAGUUUUGUAAACAUUUCUGUGUAAGAACUUAGAGUGCCGUUGAUAUGGCUGAUAUACGACGCAGAAAAGGUGAAGAUGAUGAUGAAAAACAACAGAAAAAUUCCGGCGGAGAUACAUCGGAUCAUUUUGAUUCGCAAGAGGAAGAGGACGAACGAAUACUCGACGAAAAAUAUGUAGAGAAUCUGGCAAAAACAUUGCCGCAAGGUACUGACAAAACCCCAGAAGUAUUGACCGAUGCACUCAAGGGGCUUCCGGACAAAUGGAAAAACUACAUAAUUCGUGGCAUUUUUACAUUUAUCAUGAUAUCGGGCUUCUGCUUGAUCAUCUACGGCGGACCAUUGGCAUUGAUGAUUACGACUCUCCUGGUUCAAGUUAAAUGCUUCGAAGAAAUCAUUUCAAUUGGCUAUCAAGUAUACCGGAUUCAUGGUCUACCAUGGUUCCGCAGCCUGUCAUGGUAUUUCCUAGUCACAUCCAACUAUUUCUUCUAUGGCGAGAAUCUAGUCGACUAUUUCGGGGUGGUCAUCAAUCGAGUGGAAUAUCUUCGAUUUUUGGUAUCGUAUCAUCGCUUCCUGUCCUUUACUCUGUACUGCAUCGGAUUCGUUUGGUUUGUUCUAUCGCUGGUGAAACGAUAUUACAUGAAGCAGUUCAGUUUGUUUGCGUGGACGCAUGUGGCAUUGUUGAUUGUUGUCACACAGAGCUACUUAAUCAUUCAGAAUAUCUUUGAAGGAUUAAUCUGGUUUAUCGUUCCUGUGUCGAUGAUCGUUUGCAACGAUGUGAUGGCGUAUAUGUUCGGAUUUUUCUUCGGUCGAACGCCAUUGAUCAAAUUGAGUCCCAAGAAAACUUGGGAGGGAUUCGUCGGCGGUGGCUUUGCGACAGUCGCAUUCGGUGUUAUAUUCUCGUAUUUUCUCUGUCAGUAUCAGUUCUUUGUGUGUCCAAUCGAAUAUAAUGAGGCGGCCGGCAAAAUGGCAAUGGAAUGUGAACCGAGCUACCUAUUCAGACCACAGGAAUAUACAAUUCUCUACUUAAACAAAACAUUUACGAUUUAUCCAUUCUUACUGCAUUCCCUAUCAAUGAGCAUUUUCAGUUCAGUUAUUGGACCGUUCGGAGGAUUCUUUGCAUCCGGUUUUAAGCGGGCUUUUAAAAUCAAGGACUUCGGUGACAUGAUACCCGGUCAUGGUGGCAUUAUGGACAGAUUCGAUUGUCAGUUUUUGAUGGCAACGUUUGUUAACGUUUAUAUAUCGAGUUUUAUUCGUACCGCAUCACCAGCAAAAUUAUUGACACAGGUGUACAGUCUGAAGCCAGAGCAACAGUUGCAAUUUUUCAACAGUCUAAAGGAUCAUCUAGAAAACCGAAACAUUUUAGACUUAAAUUAAAUUUGUGAAUCGUGAUUCCAUAUAUUGAUUAAAAUACGGGGAAUCAUUAUUUAUUUGAAGCCAGUUCUUAUAUA